AGGAUAGCCCAAAAGAUUGUUGACAACUGUAUGGUCUGCAGGAAAACUCGAGCUCUUAAGUGUCAGCAGUUGAUGGGUGAUUUGCCACCUGAGAGGGCUGAGCCUGCUCCUCCCUUUAAGUUCACUUCAGUCGACCUCUUCGGGCCCUAUCAUGUCAGAGAUGACGUCAAGAAAAGGGUAACGAUUAAGGUCUGGGGAGUCGUCUUUUGUUGCAUGGCCAGUGGAGCUAUUCACACUGAAUUGGCAAGCUCGCUUUCGACUGAGAGCUUUCUGAUGGCUUAUCAGAGAUUUACUGCAAUCCGAGGUCAUCCACAGAAGAUCUGGUCUGAUGCAGGCACCAACUUUGUUGGAGCAAAACCAGUUUUGGAGGAGCUGUAUAAGUAUCUGGGCACCCAAAAUAUAUCAGGUUUGGAAGAAACUGCAGCAAAGAACGGGACUGAGUGGGUGUGGAAAAUCCUCCCUGCAGACUCACCUCACAGAAAUGGAGCUGCUGAAGCUGCUGUUGCCAUUGUGAAAAGAGCUUUCCAGAGUCUUGGUCAAGAAUUUGCACUAACAUUCAGUGAAUUUCACACAACUCUCUAUAAUGCUGCAAAUCUUGCAAAUGAGCGCCCAAUUGAUGCCAGAAUACAGAGUCAAGAGGGUUAUAUUCAGUACAUCACACCUAACAGUCUUUUGCUCGGACGGGCAUCUCAGAGUGGCGAUGUGAGACUGUUUGAUUUUUCCAACUAUUCAUUUAAGCGACUUGGAGCUAUGCAAAAUGAGGUUACUAAGUUCUGGAAAAGUUGGAGGCAGCUGGCUGGUCCCAACCUUUUUGUGAGGAGCAAGUGGCACACUUCCCACAGGAAUGUUGCUGUUGGGGACAUUGUCUGGUUGUGUGACCAAAAUGCCCUUAGAGGACAGUUUGUACUGGGCAAAGUUGUAAGUGCUAAUCCCGACAAGAAAGGUGUUGUGAGGGAUGUAAAUGUCCGGGUUGUCCCAAGUUAUUGCACUCCCAUAACAAAACAUGUCAAGCAAAAAUCAGUUCAUCCACCAAAGAAAGAUAAAAUGAGGACCACCAUUCUUCACAGGGAUGUUAGGAGGCUCAUCGUCUUAAUACCUGUAGAGGAACCAUUGGUUCAUGGAAAGAUCGAGUGGGAGGUGUGAAGUCAAAUGAGAAAAGAGGAAAAAAAAAAAAAAAGUGCACUGUUUCACACGGACCUAUAAGAGGGACGGACAAUGGAGGAAGGAGCAGAGGAGAAAGCCAGACAAAGAGAACAAAAGUUUGGGACUCUUAUGAUUAGAGAUCCUGUUGGACUUGUGCAGAUCUGGAUGAACUUGUAGACGGGUGGAGAGGCAGCCGGUAAGAAAAGCUGUAAUUUAUGAGAUUGGACUGCAAAGUUACCUAUGUUCCUCCAGCCUGGCCUUCAGUUUGCCAUUAACACCAAUUAACAGCUACACCUGAACUGAAGAGGUGGAUUGUGGUGCUAAAGUUGUUUGAUUUUAUGCUUGAACUUAUUGUAAUUUUGUUAAAUAGUAAAUUUUGGUGUUAAGUUUAUCUAUAAAUUAACUAUCAGAUUAAGAAGAAUAACAAUAUGAAACUAUUUAUAAAAUAAAGUAGUAUUUGUAUAUUUAAAUAAAUGUAAUUGUAAAUAUUUAUUUGAAAUGUAUUUGAAAGUUAAGGAACUUAAGUUUAGUUACUUGUUCAUUUAACUUUAAUGACUUUGUGGGUUUGAUUCACAGCGGUUUGUUUAGUGUUGUACAGUUUAUCAUUUUCUUUUGUAGUUUAAGUGGAACUAAUUAAUGUAAGCUAACAUACAAAUCAGUAUUUAUUUUUCUUCUUUUGGG